AAUUUUGACGUUCUAAAUCCAAGUUCUGAAAAUGAGAUCAAGGGUGAAGAGAAAACACUUAUCCUCUCAGCAUAUAUCCAUGUAAUUAGCAGAGAACACAGCUUAAACAUGGCAAGUAUAAAACAGAUGCACGUGAUCCCAACCCCGCUGCCGGGGUAGCAUCGUGACUAAUCUCGGUCAAGUCGUGGACCGAGGCUCAUCGCGAGUUCUGUGAAGCGCCGAGGCUGCUUUGGUUUAUAGGGUGGCUCCCUGCUCCUCCUCUUCCCCAGAUUUUAUCUUUUCAUUAUCUCUUUGACACAUUUGACAUCAUGGCUUCUCCUCAGCAAAUCCGUACCCCGAUCACCGAUCUUCUCAAGAUCAACCACCCCAUCCUGCUGGCAGGCAUGAAUGUGGCAGCGGGGCCCAAGCUGGCCGCCGCGGUCACCAACGCCGGUGGUUUAGGUGUGAUCGGUGGCGUUGGCUACACUCCCGACAUGCUUCGCGAGCAGAUCACCGAGCUGAAGAGCUACCUGACCGACAAGAACGCUCCCUUCGGUGUCGACCUCCUCCUUCCCCAAGUCGGCGGCAGUGCCCGUAAGACCAACUACGACUACACCAAGGGCAAGCUCGGCGAGCUCGUCGAUAUCAUCAUCGCCGAGAAGGCUAGCUUGUUCGUCUCUGCUGUCGGUGUUCCCCCCAAGGCCGUUGUCGAGAAGCUCCACAGUGCCGGUAUCCUCUGCAUGAACAUGAUCGGUCACCCCAAGCACGUUGCCAAGUGCUUGGAUGUUGGCGUCGAUAUUAUCUGUGCUCAGGGUGGUGAAGGUGGUGGCCACACUGGUGAUGUCCCGACCACCGUCCUCAUCCCCACCGUUGCCAAGUUGGUCCAGGGCAAGAAGAGCCCUCUGACCGGCCAGCCCGUGCAGGUCAUCGCGGCCGGUGGUCUGUUCAACGGUAACUCUGUUGCUGCUGCUCUCAUGCUGGGUGCUUCUGCUGUCUGGAUCGGUACUCGCUUCAUCCUCUCUGACGAGGCCGGUGCCCCCAAGGCUCACCAGGAGGCUGUCCGCACCUCUGGCUUCGAGGACAACAUCCGUACUAUCAUCUUCACUGGUCGUCCCCUCCGUGUUCGCAAGAACCCUUACAUCCUCAACUGGGAGGAGAACCGUCACGAGGAGAUUAAGCAGCUCACUUCCAAGGGUAUUAUUCCCGUCGAGCACGACAUGGAGAACCUGCCCGACGACGUCGACGACGACACUCUUGACAACGCCCGCCCUUACCUGAUGGGCAAGGUUGCUGCCGUUGUCAACGAGAAGAAGUCCGCCAAGGCCAUCGUCGAUGAGCUCGUGACGGAUGCCGCUGCUCUGCUCCAAAAGGGUAACAAGAUGGUUGCUAAGCUGUAAAUAAAGAAUUCCCCAUAUUUCGAUCUACAUAGUCAUUCUCAGCGUUGAAUCAAAUCCGGCCAGUUUUCCCGGCUCACUUUUGGACUGGACUUGAAUACCGUGUAGCGUUG